AUGGAGAAGUAUGAGGCGGUGAAGGAUAUAAUAGGCUAUGGGAAUUUCGCGGUGGUAAGGCUUAUGCGUCACAAAGAGACCAAAGAACUGGUUGCUGUCAAAUGCAUCCAACGGGGCCAAAGGAUUGAUGAGAGGGUCACAAGGGAAAUCAUCAACCACAGAUCUCUUUGCCACCCCAAUAUUAUUCGGUUCAAGGAGGUGGCUUUGACUCCAAUUCAUCUUGCAAUAGUUAUGGAGCAUGCAGCGGGUGGAGAGCUGUUUCACAGAGUUUGCAAAGGACUACGAGAAGACGAGGCUCGAUAUUUCUUCCAGCAGUUGAUUUCAGGAGUUAGCUAUUGUCAUAACAUGGAAAUAUGUCAUCGAGACUUGAAAUUGGAGAACACCUUGUUGGAUGGCAGCCAUGCUCGACGUCUUAAAAUUUGUGAUUUCGGCUAUUCUAAGUCAUAUAUACUUCAUUCGAAGCCUAAUUCAAUGGUUGGAACUCCAGCCUAUAUUGCACCAGAGAUUAUAUCCGGUGGAGAAUAUGAUGGAAAGUUGGCAGAUGUAUGGUCCUGUGGAGUAAUACUAUAUACAAUGUUGAUGGGAGCAUUGCCAUUUGAGGACAAAGAGGAUCGCAAAAAUGUCAAGAAAACCGUAAAUCGAAUCGUGGCUGUUCAAUACAAGUUCCCCGAAAAUGUUAGCAUAACUCAAGACUGCAAAAAUCUGAUAUCUCGCAUUUUUGUGGCAAAUCCAGCGAAGAGAAUCACCAUAAAGGAAAUAGAGGGCCACCCUUGGUUUUUAAAGAACUUGCCUAAGGAUUUUACAGAAGAUGUCUGCUACAAAAAAGAAUUUGCAACCUCUUCUCUUCAAAGUAUAGAAGACAUCAUAAACAUUGUCAACGAAGCCAAAACUGCACCUACAUUGAGACAAUGCCUGAAUUCUUGUUUCCAUCAAGCUUUUAUUUUCCUCUACCAUUCCUAG